AGCAGAAAAACAGCAGCCAGGAUGAGAAACCUCUGGCUUGUGCUCUUUGGUGGGGCAAUAGCUUUUGCUUUGCCUGUAAAACAUGAAAAAGAAAAAAUGCUUCUUAUGCAGAGGUACCUAGAAAAAUAUUACAACUUCACAUCAAAUGGGCAACAAGUCUUUAGAAGCAGAAUCAGCAGGCCCAUGGCAAAUAAGAUCAGAGAAAUGCAAACAUUUAUGGGAUUAGAGGUGACAGGUGAUAUAGACUCCAAUACGCUGCAGGCAAUUCAAAAACCCAGAUGUGGAAACCCAGAUGUGGGCCAAUUUGCCUUCUUUGCAGGUCAACCCAAGUGGCAGAAGAAACAUCUAACCUACAGGAUACUGAACUACACACCAGAUAUGAAAAGAGAGAAUGUUGACGAAGUCAUUAAGAAAGCUUUUAAAGUUUGGAGCCGAGUUACACCUUUGACAUUCCAGAAAGUUCCAGGUGGCAAUGCAGACAUAUUUAUCUCUUUCCGUUCUGGAGCUCAUGGAGAUUUCUAUCCUUUUGAUGGACCUGGUGAGACACUUGCCCAUGCUUAUGCUCCUGGUCCUGGCAUUGGAGGAGAUGCCCAUUUUGACGAAGAUGAAUUCUGGAGCUAUGGCAUAGAAGGUACCAAUUUAUUUUAUACUGCUGUUCAUGAGUUUGGCCAUUCACUUGGACUCUUCCAUUCUCAAGAUCCUAAUGCAGUGAUGAGUCCAACGUAUAAGACGCCCUUGGGAAAUCAACCGAUUCUAUCUCAGGAUGAUAUUGCUGGCAUCCAGUAUCUCUAUGGAGCAUCAUUAAAUCUACCUCAAGACCCAGAAGAAAAGGAUGAACCAAGAAAACCCAACAGCCCAGGCAAACCAGCAUUACCGUCUGCUUGCAAUCCUGAUUUGACAUUUGAUGCUGUGACCACUUUUCGGGGAGAAAUAAUGUUUUUCUGGAAUAAAUAUUUUUGGCGAAAACUCCCCCAGUACAGACAGAUUGAGUUGAAUCUAAUUUCUGAAUUUUGGUCAUUUCUGCCAUCUGGAGUUGAUGCCGUUUCUGAAAAUAAUGAGAAAGAUGAGGCAUUUCUUUUUAAAGGCAACCAGUUCUGGGUCGUGAAAGGAGAUUACAUGCUUCCUGGGUACCCCAAGCCCAUCCACAGUCUGGGCUUUCCCAAAGAUGUCGCAAAAAUUGAUGCUGCAGUUUUCAGUGCCAAUGAAAGGAAGACAUAUUAUUUUUCUUCAGACAGAUACUGGAGUUAUGAUGAAGACAGCAAAACCAUGAACAGAAGUCCCCAAAGGAUCCAAGAUGGCUUUCCAGGUAUCUCAGGCAAGAUUGAUGCUGUCUUCCACUACAAUGAUGUGUUGUACUUCUUUAAGGGAAGAAAUCAAUAUGAGUUUGAUCCUAACACCAGAAGAGUUACUCGGAUCCUAAAGGCCAAUAGCUGGUUUUCAUGCUGAGAAGAUAAAGAAAAAACUGAUAAAACAUAACUGGCUACUUUACAUUGAAUGUAAUCCAGUGUUAUGUGUGUGUGUGAAAAUAUAAUAAUUAAAAUAAUAUAAUGAAAUGAAUGUAAUAUAAUAAUACAAUACAAUAUAGUAUAGUAUUCUAUUGAUAAGAAUAAUUAUCCUAUAUAUGAUAACUAGGGAACGUGAUGGCUCAGUGGCUAAGAUCGAAAGUUUGUCGAUCAAAGAGUCGGCAGUUCAAGCAAUUCGAAUCCCUAGUGCCGCGUAACAGGGUACGCUCCUGUUACUUGUCCCAGCUUCUGCCAACCUAGCAGUUCGAAAGCACGUAAAAAUGCAAGUAGAAAAAUAGGGACCACCUUUGGUGGGAAGGUAACAGCGUUCUGUGCACCUUCGGCGUUUAGUCAUGUCGGCUACAUGACCACGGAGAUGUCUUCGGACAGCGCUGGCUCUUUGGUUUUGAAACAGAGAUGAGCAUUGCCCCUAGAGCUGGAAACAACCAGCACACAUUUGCGGGGGAACCUUUACCUUUACUUUUAUAUGAUAACUGCUGCAAGAUCAUUGCACGCGCAAAAAUGGAAAGACUAAAAUACCUAAAACAGAGGAAUGAAUGGUGAAGAUGACAGAAUUAGCAGGGAUGGCAACAUCGAUUUGUCUGAUUAGAGACAAAAAAACCAUUUAUUAGUGACAGAAAAUCCCUUAUGGACUUUUUUCUGAAAAAAAUAAUAAAUUGUGAUUUAUGGGUUUGAUGAUCAGAAAGGGUAGAUUUUGGAAAGAAGGAAAUGAUGUUGUCAUCUUUAGAGAGACAGAGAGGGUAAAAUAUAAAUCUAGAAGGACCUGCUAUUACAAAGAUCAGAAACUGCUCCUUUAGAACUUUUCCUUUCCUUUCUUUUUCUUCUCUGCUUCUUUCUUGGCAUGUUUUCACUUAUUAUUUUUCUUUACUUUUUUUUUUUCUUUCAAAAUCUGUAUUGUUCUUAUUUUCUUAAUUUUUUAAAAAUAAAAAUUAUAUA